AUGUCAGAACAUAUAAUGGAUAAAAGGAAGAAAACAAAAAAGAAACAUGUAAGACCAGGUCCAAUAUUUUCGGAAAAUGGAAUCCCCUAUGAUUAUAUUGUAGUUAUUGAUGCAGGUUCAAAAGGUUCAAGAGUACAUGUAUACAAUUGGCUACUGCCUUAUAAAUCAAUGGAAAAAGGUCAAAAUUUAAAUACGUAUCAUCCAUUAAAGAAAGCAAGAAAGUAUGAAGAAGAAAUAUCGGAUGAUGAAAGUGAUUCAGAUGAUGAAAAAUCAAAAGAGUUACCAAAUUUAUUCCCGAAAAUACAAACAAAGACUAAAUGGCAUAAAAAAAUCAUACCUGGUGUAUCAUCAUAUAAUAAAGCUCCUCAUAAAAUUGGAAAACAUCAUCUUGCAAAAUUACUAUCAAGAGCUUCAAAAAUUGUUCCACAACCUUUACAAUAUCGUACUCCAAUAUUUUUAUAUGCAACUGGUGGAAUGAGAUUAUUAAUACCUACUGAACAGAAGGAGAUACUAAAAGAAAUUUGUAAAUAUCUUGAAAAUCAAUCGGACUUCUUUUUUCCAGAUUGUGCAACUCACGUUAGUGUAAUAGAUGGUGAUUAUGAAGGAUUAUAUGGUUGGUUAUCUAUAAACACUUUAAUUGGAGCAUUUGAUGAUCCAAAUUCCCAUCAACAUGGUAAAAAUCACACAACUUAUGGAUUGCUAGAUAUGGGUGGAGCUUCAACUCAAGUUGUAUUUCAACCAAACAAUACAGAAAUUGAUGAACAUCAGAAUAAUUUAUAUCAUAUCAGAUUAAGACAAGUUCCUGAACUACAUGAUCAAAAAUAUGAAGUACCAAAACUAGAAGAAUAUAAUGUUUACUCAGAUUCAUUUUUAGGGUUUGGAAUGUUUCAAGCAAGAAAUAGAUAUUUUAAAGCAUUAGUAGAUAGUGAUGAUAAAGAUGAACAAUACCAUUAUUGGGGAUUUACCAAAUCUCCAAUCACUGAUCCAUGUAUUCCAAAGGGAUUUACAACCUCUGAAUUUAUAAAUGAUCGUUCCUAUGAUUUUAUAGGUGAAUCAAAUUUUGAAAAAUGUUUAACCAAUAUAUUUCCAGUAUUACAAAAUUCAACUCAUGGCGGUGGACCAAAAGCUACAAAUUGUAAACAAUUCAGUGAUGGAGACGAGGUAAGUGAAUGUUUACUUAAUGAACUAAUACCAGCAUUUGAUUUUGAUGUAAAUCAUUUUAUUGGAGUUAGUGGUUAUUGGGAUGCAAUUGAAGAUUUACUUUCUCAACAGGAUAAAAGAGAAUUGAUAGAUCAAAAAAAUACAUAUGAUUAUAAAAAAAUUUUUAGUAAAACUUCAAAAGUUUGUUCUCAAAGUUGGUCGAGUAUGUUAGAAUUAAAUAAGCAAAAAGAUUAUAAAGAGCAAUUAUCGGAAGAUGAAUUAUCAGAAUUAUGUUUUAAAGCUUCUUGGAUUUUAAAUUUUUUGCAUUUGGGUCUUGGGUUUCCAAGAUUUGGUAUAGAUGAACCAAAUAAUAAAGAUUUCCAAACUUUACAAUUAGUGGAACAAUUAGGUGGUUCUUCAUUUUCAUGGGCUCUUGGUAAAGCAGUACUAUAUGCCAAUGAUGAAUAUGUUCAAGCUUACAAUAAUCUUACACAGAGCUCUUUAGCAAGACCAGGUUUCUAUCAUAGUACUUCCGAAAACACAUAUCAAUACGGAGCUGAACAAAAUAAUAUAAUGCCAAGACCUUUAUUUGAUGAAUCUAAAACAAGUAAUUACAAAUCUUUUAAAUAUGAAUUAAAUGACGAAGAUGAUGAACUGAAAUGGAAUAUUGAACCACAUAGAUGGUAUGGAAUGAUAAUAUUUGCAAUUUUACUUACUUUUGUGGGAUAUUUAAUGUUAGGUAGUAGAAAUAGAGGAUUAUUUGUUACAAAAAUUACUACUGCAUUUAGAAAACUAGUUAGGUUGACACCAGGAUAUAAUGAAGCUAAAUAUACAACAGUAUCCCAUGAUGAUUUUGAGUUAGGCGACUUAGCAGAAGUUGAUGCACAAUUCAAAGUGGAUGAUGAUGAAGAGGAUGAAGAUAUCGAACAAGAACAACCACCAAGGAAAAAAUCUAUAAGUUCAUAA